AUGUCUACCGGUGCGUCUACACCGUCCGUGGAAAUAUCACCAAACUCUUCAGUAACGUCAAUAGAAAAUUUCGAGAAGGAAGAACCACGACGGUGUAAUAACAAUAAUGAUAGUCCAAGUGGAAUUCCUCCACAACAAUUUCAGUCUCAGUCACCACCACAGCCACUUGUAAAAGAACAACCGGUCGACCAACAACAACGUUCGUCUCCUCCAAAAAAACCUUCUCAUGCUAAAAAGUUAGUAGAUAAGUUUGCCACAUUUUCCCCGAUGAGGAAUAAAGGAUCCGAUCGAAAAUUAAUAGUAGAAACUGCUUAUAGCAACUAUAACGUAAAGAAAGAGUCUGACCAACGGCCGAAAGUGGUCGACCAGAAAACUCAAAAGAAGAAAAAGCGUAUCACCGAAGGAAUGUCAAAAGCUGAUAUAUUUGCUGCAAGUGUGGCUAGUGCUGUUGAUGCUGCUGAUGGCGCUGAUGAAGAGGAGGUAUAUUAUACCUAUGGUACUAGUAAUUCUCGUACUCCCUCUUUGACUAGUCUAAAUGGCAUGGCUGCUCCCUUAUCAAAUCCAAAUUUCUUACAAGACAAUCAUAACCUUGCCCAACAAUUCCAAAUCCCACCUAAUAUAUAUCAUUUUUCUACUCCUACCCCUUAUCGCACAUAUAACACUUUUCCUCAUCGUUCUCAUUUUCCUACUGGAUUUUAUAAUAACACUCCGGCUCCGGAAUCUGUUGAUAUAAUGCCUAAUCAUUUAAAAAAUGAUUCCCCAAAUGAUAAAAGUAGUAAUAAGCCAACCGGUGUAAUGCGUUCUUCAUUACCCGAUAUGUCUCAAUAUGUACAAGACGUAACAAUCAAAGACAUAACGAAUGUUCUUGCUGCUGAUAAAGAAUUAAUGUUUGAUAUUCAAGUAAAAGGUCGUAAUUUCGGUUUAUUGGAUGUAGAAAUUAUCGAUACCGAUCUUAACGUAUUUGCAACUCCUAUUCCUUCUGGAAUUCCUGGAAUUCCUGGUGGUCCUGGAAGUCAUUGGGAUGAUGAUAUUACGACAAAUCCUUUAUCUAUUCAUGAAUCGGCUCCUAAUGAAUUUUUGGGUACUAUACUGGUUUUUGAUGAACCUUUGAUCUUUCCUUCAGGAAUUAAUCGUACUGGUGUGAUUAGUAAUCCUACUGGUCAAGUUAGAUUGAAAAAUCCUGGUGGUGAUGAUAAAGCAAGUCAAGAGCGAUG